GUGUCCCCCCAAAAAAUGUAUACACACCUUAACAGCUUAUAGCUCACUUUUGAAACUGAAAUGUAUUUUAAUAAGCACAGCCUUUAUAAUCAUUCAAAGUGUUUGUGUACAUGUUGGGAGGACACCCUAUAUAUGGCUAUGAAUAUUUAUUGCCAUUUGACAAGUAUGUAGACAAGUGAUGUAAAGUGGUUGGUAUGGGCUGGGUUGUGAAAGGUACCUAUGACAGCAAUACUGGAAAUGGAUUGGAGGGGCAAGAGGCUGGAAAAAGGUCCUAGAAUAGUUACAGGAAAUGAGGGGAGAGUUGAUGGCCUGAAGCAGAGAAGGAGGAGCCAGGUUCAUGAGAGACGAAAUCAAUACUUGUUACAAGAGUGUGGAGGGAAAGAGAGUGAGAUGUCAAAUAUUGCUAAUAUUGAGAUACCAUUAACUCAAACUGCACAUUCAAGAAAAGCAAGAUUUCUAAAAUUUACUUAUUCUUUCAUCAUUAAGUAAAUCUUUGUUCCACCCUUAUUAUUUGCCAAGUAUAUAUGCCAGGGGUACAACUGUGAAUAAAACAAAGUCUCUGUUCUGAUGUAAGUUUAUAUCCUAGUGGGAAAAGACCAAAAAAAAAAAAAAGAAUAAAUAAGUAAAAUCAGUUCUGACAGCGGUUAGAUGCCAUGAAGGAAGAAGAUGACAUGGAUAAAAAGUGACUGGGAGCCCUAACCUGUUUGGCUCAAUGGAUAGAGCGUCGGCCUGCGGACUCAAGGGUCCCUGGUUCGAUUCUGGUCAGGGGCAUGUACCUUGGUUGCAGGCACAUACCCAGUGGGGAGUGUGCAGGAGGCAGCUGAUCGAUGUUUCUCUCUCAUCAAUGUUUCUGACUCUCUAUCCCUCUCCCUUCCUCUCUGUAAAAAAACAACAACAAUAAAAUAUAUUUUAAAAAGUGACUGGGAGGUGGUUGGGAGCAACUUUUAUUGAGAUUCUACAAAGUUACAUUCAUAAUACUAGGUAGUGUCAUAUGUGUUGUCUCAUUUAAUCCUCACAGCAGUCCUGUCACUAUUCCCAUUUUACAGAUAAGGAAACAAAGGACCUAGCUUAUAGCUAGUAAAUGGUGGGUAUGAAUGGAACCCAUCCUCUAAUUCCAUUUCCAUCACACCUAUAUGGAAAGCAUAGCUGAAGACACAGAGUCACUUUAGAAGUGGAGAAGAGGAAUUGAAAUGAGUGAGAUGGGGAUGAAACUAAGACCUAGGAGGUUAAUUAGCAUUUUCAGUAGUGACAUGAAGAUACUUCUUUUAAAAAAAAAAAUAUUUUUAUUAAUUUCAGAGAGGAAGGAAGAGGGGGAGAGAGAGAGAGAAAUAUCAAUGAUGAGAGAGAAUCAUUGAUCAGCUGCCUCCUGCACACCCCCUACUGGGGAUCGAGCCCAUAACCCGGGCAUGUGCCCUUGACCAGAAUCGAACCUGGGACCCUUCAAUCCGCAGGCCCACGCUCUCUCCACUGAGCCAAACUGGCUAGGGCUGAAGAUACUUCUUUAAUGCCGGGCUAGGGACAAGAAUCCAGCCUUUGCCUUGGCAGGACAUUACCCAUCGUCAUCCUGAUGGCGGCUGAAGUGCGAAUGGUGCUUUAUGAAGACGAUUCUGUGCAAGUACAGUACGCUGAUGGCUCCAGACUGCAGCUUUCUCCCUGUGGCUCGGAAUUUUUAUUUGAAAAGGCACCUCCUGUUUCAGCACAUCCUUUAGAACAACCAGAAAGAAUUCGUCAGAGGACACACUUUGUUAUUAGCACUUACCGAGAGCAACUACAGAGAGCCCUAGAUUUUCGAAACGCUUUCGCCACUUGCCCUUUUUUAUCUGAAAGCAUUAUACCUCCUGAAAGAAAAAAGCCAAAGAUUCUAUGUAGAGCUUUUCAGCGUAUCCUCAUUGACAUCCCAGAAGUGAGAUGGCCCAGUCUUGGUACUGACGGUGGCAUGAUAUGCAUGCAGAGCGGCGCCGUGAAGGUACCAUCUGUAGAUGGCCAUGCAUACCUCUGUCUGCCCAAAUCUCAGCAGGAAUUUACAGUACAUUUUUUGUGUAAAGUGAGCCAGAAGCCAGGCUCAUCUGUAGUAUUGUCAGAAAAAAAUAAUCAGGCCCCAAAAGAACAAGUAGGAAAAGCGGACAAAACCCGUGCAUAUGGAAGUUUACCAGGACAGAGACAGAAGAAUAAAGAAAACGAACUUCACUGUCAGACCGUGAAACCCAAAGGACCUUCCGAGAAGAAGCCUUGUGGGAACAGAACUGAGGGGGAGGCGGCACUGCCUUUGCCUGGUCCCAAGCACAGCUGUGUCCACGCGUGGGUAGAGCAGCGCUGCUCUGUGGCCUCCUGUCCGGAGGAAUGGAAAUACCCUCUGUCUUUAGCACUUCGCUUUCAUAGUAAAAUCAGCAAUAUGUCUGGAACCGAUGUAACUCUCCCCCAGAGUACAGUGUUAACGUCUGCUGCUGCAGAGGAAAGAGGAAAAGAGAUUUCUGUUCUUCCCAGGGCCCUGCUGCUCAGCUGUCCUGUCCCACACCUGCACAGGUGGACUUUCUGUGACUCACUUUCACAGGGGCAGUCUGAUGAAGAAGAAUAUUCCUACUCUGAACUAGUGAAAGUGGUCUGGCACAAGGGUAUUACGUACAGACUUACCCAUAAAAAUGUGAACUCAAUAGAGAUUUAUCCUGGAGAUGGAUCUGUUUUCAAAUCAGAAGGAGCUUAUUUUGGGAACUAUUUUACAUACUAUUCCAUUCAAGAAGGAUCAGAAGAGAGGGAAGAGAAAAUGUAUUCAGUAAAUAAUCUUCCUCCAGAGAGACCAGGAAGUCUGUUCUCUGUGUGUUCUCUAAUUAAACAGGCCACCAGGAUUCUUCAGCACUGUGCCAAGACGAGGCUUUCUUUAAGCCAUAACUACCGUAUAUGCUGCUGGAAAAUGGUACCUGGGAUAAAAGAGAAUAUGCUGCCUUUGCUUUUGAGAGAAUCGUUCAUACCCAGUGUGGGAAGAUUUCUUGCCUAUUCUGAUGACAAAGUACAUGUCCUCUUUAUAGAUGGUGUUACUCUAACCCUAAGUUGGAAUUUUGGCUCUUUUAAUGAAAAAAGACAGAUAAAUCAAGGUCUCAACUUAGGUUGGUGUAAGUUAACUUUUCCUGAUGGACACGAUCAGUUAAUUCAGAUUGAACACGCCGGACCAUAUGAAAGAUAUGUGUCAACAGUAAUAUCCUGGUGCAGAAGACUGACGCAGACUAGUCAGAGAGAGAUGCCCACUUGUUCUAUUCUUGAAGAAAACUGGUGUGUGGCUUCUGAACUUGAAAAGAUACAGAAGUUUAACUUGUUACUGGAGAAUAGUGGUGUCCUAAACCAGAUUUCUAACAAGAAAAAUGAACAGUCUUUUGACUGUAAACCAAACUAUUCAGAAAGCUUGCUAGAAGAAGUUAAUGAAAAGAGAGUAUCAGCGGCAUUGAAAAGAACCUCUGAAAUUAUUCAGGAUAUUGAUUGUCUUCUAUCAAGCCCUAAAAAGUGAAAAAUGAAAGUAUUACAAUAUAUUAUUAAAUCUUAAGGAUGUUUCAAAUCACUGGUAUAAAAUUACUAGAAAACAAAAGAAUUGUAUAUAUGACUUCUGUACAAUAAUCUGAGAAGUGACAUUUAAC